CUUUAGGCUUUGUAUAAAUAGGAUGGUUAGAAAUUUCUAACCCUCUCCCUUCUCACUUCAUCAGCCUCCAUCUCUCUCACUCUCUCCCUCCCCUCACCCUCUCUUCGAUCUAACCACUCUCUCUCACUAUCUGCCAUCGCAUGCCGCCGAUCCUCUUUCGACGGAGCUAGCGCCAGCAUUGGAAGCACAAGCAUGUCCAGGGAUGACUUAAACAAGCUUCCUUGCAAAACAUGUGGCAACCUCAAUCUCGAUCUGAAUUAGGGGAUGUCUCCUCCUUCACUUGGUAAUGGUUCCAAGGAGAAUGAGGGAUGCCUUCAGUUCCACUUUGACUCAUACAAUGUGCAAAAUGGAAGGGGUUCUAGUGUGGAGAGAAGGAUUGAUUUGGUCUAUGGAGGUGGGAGCGUGGGAUUGAUGGGUCUUGUUUCUCAGGCAGUUCAUGAUGGUGGGCGCCAUGUUCUAGGGUUCAUGAUUGCAGUGUCAGUACACCCGGACUUAAAGUUAGAAAGAUUGAGAUAGAAAGGUGGAAGGAAGAGUGCAGCCAAAUAGUAAUAUGGGGUGCUGCUUAUCGUGUUGAGGGAGACCCUGAAAGGGAAAGAUUAGCAAUGGAGUAUUUGGAAUGGAGGGAAUGUGAAUAUGAUCAAAAGACAGUUGUAAACUUCUACAAGGAAGAAGAUUCCUUGCAGGCUGCUUUAACAAGAGUUAUAGUUUUCACAUCCACUCCAGACAAAGAAUCAAACAAGUACUAUCUUGGACCUGCACCAUUGGAGGAAAUGGCCAGCGAGGAAAUUUCAAAUGCACUGAUAGCUCCGUUGGAGUGGAGGCACAACUUAGUAAUUUGGCUGCAAUUACUCAAGUUAUAGAUCCAAAACUUCAUUAGCACUUAGGUAUUGCCUUCAAAUUUUGUUUUCUCAUUCUUUAUAUUUAGCUCAUAAUCAAUGUCAUAUAUCAGUUAAUAAAGCUUUUGUCCCUGUCAGUAUAAACAUUAUAUUGCAGUUGUUGUUUUGUAACUCAUUGUUAUUAAUAAAAGAUAUAAGAGUUUGGUUAAAUGAA